GCAAGCAGCAGCAGCGCGCGCAGCUUUUUGGCCGCACCGCAGACCUCCAACACACGUACGCACGUAGGCAGCUUCUCGCUCUGUGCGUGUCAGGGCGGCGAGUCGUCGAUUGGCUUUUUCGCUCGCUCUUGAGUCGAGGCAGCAGUCAGCCAGAGGGAAAGGAGGGCCCGCAACGAGAGAGAGAGAGAGAACGCGCGCGCGCACGAAAGGGGAUAGCUAGCUAGCCAGCCGCCGCGCCUAUCAUCCAGCCCUAGUCGUCGUCGUCAAACAUCGUCUGGCGAGAAACGGAUAGAACGAGAUGGGUAAUCUCUGCAGCUGCUGCGGUCGCUCGCGCAGCGCGCAGUACGAGCCGCUGCUGCUCGACAAUGAGCGCGAUGCCGUCGCAGACCUGCUGCAGUACCUCGAGAACCGCUCCGAGACCAACUUCUUCACGGGUGAUCCAUUGCGGUCGCUCUCGACGCUCUCCUUCAGCGACAACGUCGACCUACAGAGGAGUGCCGCGCUGGCCUUUGCCGAAAUCACCGAAAAGGAGGUCAGGGAGGUGGGCCGGGAUACGCUCGAGCCAAUCAUGUUCCUGCUCCAGAGCCACGACGUAGAGGUGCAGAGGGCCGCGAGCGCUGCGCUGGGCAACCUUGCCGUUAACUCCGAGAACAAGCUGCUCAUCGUCAAGCUCGGCGGCCUCGAGCCCCUGAUCCGCCAGAUGCUCAGCCCCAACGUCGAGGUGCAGUGCAACGCCGUCGGCUGCAUCACCAACCUGGCCACGCACGACGACAACAAGACAAAGAUUGCAAAGUCGGGCGCCCUGGUGCCCCUGACGAGGCUCGCGAGGUCAAAGGACAUGCGCGUGCAGAGAAAUGCGACGGGCGCGCUCCUCAACAUGACGCACAGCGACGAGAAUCGCCAGCAGCUGGUGAAUGCGGGCGCCAUUCCCGUCCUUGUCGGCCUCCUUGGCAGCUCCGACACCGACGUGCAGUACUAUUGCACCACUGCACUCAGCAACAUCGCUGUCGACGGGUCCAACCGCAAGAAGCUGGCCCAGACGGAGCCCAAGCUGGUGCAGAACCUCAUCGGCCUCAUGGAGAGCUCCUCGCUCAAGGUCCAGUGCCAGUCGGCCCUCGCACUGCGCAAUCUGGCCAGCGACGAGAAGUACCAGACGGAGAUUGUCCGGUCGGGCGGCCUCCCCCCGCUUCUCCGCCUGCUCCGGUCAAGCUUCCUGCCCCUGAUCCUGUCGGCUGCUGCGUGCGUCCGCAACGUCUCGAUCCAUCCCCUCAACGAGUCGCCCAUCAUCGAUGCCGGCUUCCUCCACCCGCUCAUCGACCUACUCUCCCACGAGGACAACGAGGAGAUCCAGUGCCACGCCAUCUCGACGCUGCGCAACCUCGCUGCCUCGUCGGAGCGCAACAAGACGGCCAUCGUCGAGGCGGGUGCUGUCGAGCGCAUCAAGGAGCUCGUCCUCACCGUUCCUCUGAGCGUGCAGAGCGAGAUGACGGCGUGCGCUGCCGUGCUUGCGCUGUCCGAGGACCUCAAGCCCCAGCUGCUGGAGAUGGGUAUCUGCGAAGUCCUCAUUCCUCUCACUGCCUCGCCCUCGGUCGAGGUGCAGGGCAACAGUGCCGCGGCGCUGGGCAACCUGUCGAGCAAGUCGGAUGACUACGGACCGUUCAAUGCCGUCUGGAACCAGCCCGAAGGCGGUCUGCACGGCUACCUGGCCCGCUUCCUCGAGUCAAGCGACCAAACGUUCCAGCACAUUGCCGUCUGGACCAUCGUCCAGCUCCUCGAGUCGGGCGACCAGCAGCUCGAAGACAAUGUCCGGUCCAGCGACCAGCUCCUUCCCCUCGUCGCGCGCCUCGCCGAGAGUGCCGGCGAGGACGGCCAGGGUGUGAACCCAGACGGAAGCACGACGGCUAACAGCGAUGACGGACAAGAUGCUGAGGUCGAGAUUGCUUCGCUUGCAAAGAAGAUUCAGGAGAUCUUGAUCGACUCCUCGUCGGCUCCAGCAGCGGGAGCAGCAGCCAAGGACGGGUCAGGCUCGAACAAGGCUUCGUCUGGCGCGGCCGGGAAAGAGUCGGCGGAGCAGCGGUGAUGACAAAACAGUAUGAAACGAAACACGUAAUGAUUCCCCCAUCUUCCCCUCCUCGCCCCCCUUCCCUCCAGUUCAAAGUGUAGAUCGUACCUUUCUCUUCUCUUCCCUUCUCUUACCUCUUCUUCAUCCUCGAUGGAGGCUUUCAGCUCUUUGCGUUUGUUCUUUACCCAACCCCCCUCUUCUUUCUUUAUCCUUCCCGCUAUCUCUCUCUCAAUGCCAUGAACUCUACGUUU